CGUAAUCUGUGUAAUAAGAUGACAUCGAUUUUCACUGUGACAGGCCCUGGAAAGUUUUCCGGCAAAGAUAUUAUUGGGGACAACUGGUCAGGAAAAGUGACUGUAGUAGCAACGGACUAUCAAGGAUUUUCUAUUGACUGGGGAUGCACAAAAUGGUCGACAAUUGAACAAAGAUGUGCUGAUCCGUUUCUAUAUAUAAAAACACGACAAAUGCAGUUGUCUCAGGUUAUUGUUGGAAGGAUAGAAUCUGCGCUUCAAAACAUAUUUGGAAUAUCACUCAACGAGCUUACAAGAAUAAGUCAUGCGAGACCUUGUCCAAACGAAAGAAAGCAGGGAUAGAAAAAAAUGUUUAUAAAUGCUCACGGACGUGCGACAAAAAAGGAAAUGCAAGUACAUGUACCAAUGAAUGAAGACGAAUGAUUGUUUGCAACAAAAUUUUAUU